AUGGAACCCAGCAACCACACCAGAGUGACCGAAUUCAUCAUGUUGGGCCUUUUUGACCAUCCUCGCCAUCAGGGCCUGUUUUUUGCGCUCUUCUUGGGCAUUUAUAUAGUUGUCCUCAUGGGCAAUUCUUUGAUCAUUGUGGCUGUGGUCCUCCACCCACCACUGCACACCCCCAUGUACUUCCUCAUCGCCAAUUUAGCUACAGUCGACAUUCUGUGCACUUCCUCGGUUCUGCCCCAAAUGCUGAAAAACCUGAUGCAGGAGACGCAAACUAUCUCCUUUGGGGGCUGCAUUGCCCAGCUCUUUUUCUUCACUUUCUCUGCCGGGACGGAACUUGUAUUGCUCACUGUCAUGUCAUAUGACCGGUACGUAGCCAUCUGCCACCCCUUGCGCUAUGCCCUCCUGAUGAGCAAGAGAAUUAGCAUCAACUUAGCAGCAGGUGUCUGGAUGCUGGGUGUCUUCAAUUCGCUGGUGAACACCCUACUUGUGUUACGCUUAGAUUUCUGUGGACCCAACCUGAUCCAGCACUUCUUUUGUGAAUUCCCAACCACGCUGGCACUUUCCUGCAGUUCCACCUACCUCAAUGAAAUUAUGGUCUACAUGGCUGACAUCUGCCUGGCCAUGGGGAACUUCUUGCUGACCGUCCUGUCCUACAGCUUCAUCAUCAUCACCAUCCUGAAAAUCCAGAGUGCCAAAGGGAAGCAGAAAGCCUUCUCCACCUGCUCCUCCCACCUGCUCGUGGUCACCUUGUACUACUCCUCCAUCUUCUACACCUACAUCCAGCCGACCUCCAGUAACACUCUGGAUAACAACAGGACGGCGGCCGUCAUGUACACGCUGGUGACUCCCACCCUGAACCCCCUCAUCUACAGUCUGCGCAAUAAGCAGGUUAAAGGUGCAUUCAGAAAAGUU